AUGCCUAGCAACCCUUGGAGCAUGCAUGAACACCCACCAGCAACCUCUCCACUCCCAGACACCCUGGCAAACAGCACAUCUAAUCAGUCAGCCACAGUGAAACCAGAUGUGUCAGUCAAUCCAUCUGACACAUUAUCCCCACCUGAUCCAUCUGGCAUGUCGCCCCCACUUGAUCCAUCUGGCACGUUGCCUCCAACUGAUUUAUUGCAAGGUGAACCAAAAGAGGCUUUUAAUAUAUUCAGCGGCACAUUGGGUGCGUCUAUCCCUCUCGGUGACAGAGCGACACUCCCUUCUGGCAGUGUUCAUCCUACAGAGGGGCAAUUGGCACAGGCUGAUAGUGCGACGUGGGCCUCACACAAUCCCACUAGAAGGACAUUACCUGUUUGCCCUCCUCUGCGGCCACUUACUGAUGCUGCAAAGGCCUCGAGAAGAACUGUCGGUGAUAUACAAACCCUUCACAACUCCCUAAGAACUGGUGAGUGCCAUUGGGAGAAGCUCACAAGACUCCAACAAAUUGCCCAUAAACUCGACCUAGAGAGACGUCAAGAGGCUGGAGAAAUCGUUGGGAAACCACAAAAACAGCGCUCAGACGCUGGUACCAAGCGCAAGCAAGGAGGUUCCUUACAGGGUGGAAGAGGAGCUGCCCCAGCACAAAGAGGCCAUGGAGGGGUGCCGGGUCAAAGUGCGAUGAGCCGAGAGAUUGUUGAGAGCUCUGGGGAUGAGUAG